AUGGUAAUUGCCAUACCAACCUUGCUAAUUGAAUUAAUUAAAUGGACGGAAAUUAAUUCAACUUUAAAAAUAGCUUGUACUGGGGGUGAAUGUGUUCCUCCAAAUAUUCUUAGUCCUUUCUUAAAUCAUUUUCCAAACGCAGCACUAUACAAUGAAUACGGACUUACUGAAUCUACUGGCAUUGCCCUUGCAACACAAGACAGCAUGUUUAAGUAUGCAAGUAGUUUAAUAAUUGGAUAUCCAAUCGAAUGUAUUAGAGCAUACAUAGUUAGCAACGAUGAAUGUCUGGUAUCAGACGGAGACGAAGGCGAAUUGUGGAUUUCUGGUGCUACCAUAGCAACGGAAUACAUUAAGGAAGAUGAUAACAAUAAAUUUUUUAUAAAGAAUCCGUUUGAGCACAAUGCAAUGUUUUCCAAAGUUUAUAAAACAGGAGAUGUUGUAAAAAUGACUAAAGACGGAAUUGAAUUCAUUGGAAGAAAGGACGAUGUGACAAAAAUAAGAGGGAAAAAAGUUAACAUUUUUGAAGUAGAAAACGUUAUUAAAGAGUUGUUUCCAAAUAUUGAAAUAUACAUAAUUAAAAAAUAUGACAUAAAAAAAGGACAAUGGGUUUUAUGCGCUUUCUUUAAAACUCAAGAAGAUGUACCAACAACUGUUUUUAGAAGUGCAACAUACAAGAUAUUCUCAAGCCAUUUAAUUUCAAAGUUCGUUAAAGUAGACAACUUUCCUAAAUCAGUCACUGAAAAAAUUAAUCGAAACGAACUUUCAAAACAUUUUCUCAAAGAUUGUGAUGACUAUACUAACCUAAAUUAUUUAUUAGAGAGUAAAUUUAAGAUUGACAAGCUGAAAUACGGAGUUUGUAAAAUCCUUGACUUGUAUGACGAUGAAUUUGAUCCUAAUAAAAACUUUUUUGAACACGGGGGCGAUUCUAUCACAGUUUUUAGUUUUUUGGAAGAAAUAAAAAACUUUGGAUUGGAAUUUACAAUUAAUGAAUUAACAACGAGUUUUAAUGAUUUAUGCGAAGUCAAUUGCAAUGGCACUUUCACAAAUACAGCAUUAUCAGAUGAAGACCAUAUUCAAGGCGUAUUGUUUACUGAUUUAAAUGAUUCCGAAAUCGAUUUUAUUAUUCAAAGAAUGACAGAAGCUUUUUUAACCAAAGAACCGAUGUUUAUGUUUCAUGCGUCAAAAGGUUUUGAUUUUGGAUUAUUUUUUAAGCUUAUUGUUAAAGAGUGUCGAGAUAACCAUCCCCAUUUAUGUAUGGCUGUCAAAAUACACAAUAAAAUUAUGGGAGCUUUUGUUACAUGCCCAAUGUAUGGAGCAGGAGCAGAAUAUAAAUUUCUAGAUUAUAUGCCUAAAGAAUUUCAUGGGUUAACUGAUUAUUACGGCAGUAGCGUAAUACAAAAGCUGCUUAAUAACGGUCACAAUAUAGCUGACUCGUUAACUAUGUAUGUUGAUAGUGACACCUCAAACGUGUUAAGUAUGCGCUUGUUUUACAUGCUAUGCUGUGAGCAGCUUAAGUUAGUAAAAGAAAAUGGUUUCACGGUAUUGUUUUCAUUUAAUUUGUCACCUUCAACUCAAGGUAUAACUAAAAGCAUAUUUAAAUCAAGCGUUGAAAGUGUUCUUUAUCCCUCGCAGUUUAAAUAUAAUGAAGAUUUUCCUUAUAAAGAGUUUGAUCCUGGAUAUUACAUGGAAAUCGCUGUAGAUUAUUUGAAUGAUUAUUUGAAUAAUAAACAUUAG